CGCGUGUGUUACACUGAGAGGUGUCCGUCCAGAAGGAGAGUCAUGGCAUCUUCAGAUCUCUUCAAAACUUUAUUAUACACACUCAACAAUCUCCUGCAACAACACAAAUAUAAAUCUGCUCUGGCAGUCGUCAAAGGCUUCAGGAAUGGAGCUGUGUAUGGGGCUAAAAUCCGUGCCCCUCACGCCCUAGUGAUGACGUUUCUGUUCAGAAGUGGCAGUCUGAGAGAGAAGUUGAGGGCGAUCGCUCAGGCCACGUACACUCACUCCAGGAAUCUGGCCUGCUUUGUGUUCACGUAUAAAGGUCUGCAGGCGCUCCAGCAGCGUUUACAGGGAAGACCGCUGCAGACGCACUCGUUCCUCGCUGCCUGUGUUGGUGGCUGGCUGGUGUUUGGAGAAAAUAACAACAUCAACAGCCAGAUCAACAUGUAUCUCCUGUCCAGGAUUCUCUUUGCUUUGUCUCGUCUGGCCGUGGAGAAAGGCUUCGUCCCGCAGCCCAGGAAAGACCCGUUCCCGCUGUUUGGCGCUCUGGUGUGGGGAAUCGUGCUCUGGUUGUUUGAGUAUCAUCCUCACACGCUUCAGCCCUCGCUCCAGUCCUCCAUGAACUACCUCUACCACGACAGCAACACGUGGCAUGACAUUUCAGACUUUCUCAUCUAUAACAAACCAAAAACCAAAUGAGAUACUGACGAGUCUGAGCUCUUGCAUUAAACCAUAGAAUCUAGGAAUCGAACGUUUCACAGAGCUAUAUAACAUUGACCGUUCUCUAAACUGUGCUGCUCACAUGUCACAGGCUGCGCUGAAUGACUUCUCUGCACAUUGUCUAGAUUAUGUUCGCUACGCUUUAAAUGAGAUUUACACGUCAUGAUAACUUUGUUAAACUUACAAACUCAUUUAAAUUCUCUCAAAAACUAUUUCAGGCCACAUUUCAUCCUAAAGCAAGUAUUUUGCUUGGAGCAUUACAUUUAGUAUAAGGAAAAUGUUUAAUUUUAGGACCAUGCUGGUUAGUUUCUCUAAG